UUUGCGCCCCCUGCUUUGCAAUGCCCAACUGUAAUGGCGCCAGAGGAAAGUGGAGCUGCGGCAUCUUCCCCCCUGCAUUCCGCCCUCCCUUUGCCAACUCCAUUCUUCCUUCCUAGCUCUCUCUCUCUCUCUCUCUCUCUCCAUGCUUAGAUUCAUUUCUUGCUUCUCUUUCUCCGAAAUUCUUAUUAUUUAAGCUAUGGAAGUCCAUUCUUAAGAGCACGUGAUCAGUUUAGUGUGAUCGGUGAACAGUUUGGAGAAGUGCAGCAGCAGUAGCGAAGGAAAGCGCAUAUUGCUGAGAGUAAAGGGUUUUCCGUGGCAGAAGUUUCUGCGAGGUGUGAUAGAGUGCCACAGGUGGAGUGAAGAGUGUGAGAGCUGACGGGGUUUUGGAUGGAGUGAGGCAUUUUGAAGCUUUUCCUCGGAGGUCGAAUGUGCAGAGGAAUCGGGUAGCGGGAGUAAGAGUGGCACAGAUCAUCGUGUGGAGCGAGUGUGCAGUGCAUGCGUGCUGCAUUGUGGAAGCCGACCGCAACAACCGUUUCAUACAGGCUUACAUCGUGAUAUGACCGUGGCGACUAAUAAGGUGGUAACGAAACAGGAUCUCUCUGGAUUAUCUCGUUCCCCCGACAGUAUUUUCAAGUUAACACUCGCCGCAUGAACAGUGUUCAGCAGCAAGUAGUGUCUGUAGGCAUCACUGAGCUGUAGCAGCAGCUGAGAGACGUUAAGGGUCCCAGGCAUUCACAACAAAACGGACGAUGUGACUGUCGCUGUGAUUAGUUUUAUAACUUCUAUUCCACUGUGGGAGAGGUAGGGUGGUCGAGUACGUUUGUUGAAGGUGAGAGAAGUACAAGAGCUUGCAUACAAUCAGUCUCACUCACGCUCGACUCUGGGUGCAAUAUUUCGAGGAGCGGUUUUGUGACAUAUUGUAGGGACCCAUUGAAGAAUGAAAAUACGAUGGCACGCCACCGCCAAUAAUUGACGACGGCUUUUCUUGAUAGUCUUCGAAGGGCAAAGGUUGUGGAACUUUGCAGCUGAUCAACACAUUCAAAGACUCCCUUGUUUCAAGAAGAUGCCUUAUUUCUGCAGUUUCAUGAGGAUAACAACUAAUAAGCGACAUCUUUUCGGAGACGGUUUAGCUAAAAUAGACGAUGGGACGUCUCUGAUGAUUAUGGUUAAGUAAAUCACUGCGUAGUGGUAGAAUCUUUGAUAUCGGCAGGAAUGGGGAAUCAAUUCACUCGCAUUCGGUCUAAAAAGAAGCAGAGCAUCGAGAAGUCUAUCCAACCAUCCCAUACAGGAACUCUUGAUGAGCAAUCAAUGAAGGACCAAGCAAUGGCAAUGGCUAAGCAUGAGCUAUACAUAGCAAGUCUGAGUGCGCGGAGCAAAAUGCUUCAAGAAACCAUUAUGGAGCCUUCAAGACACAGUUACUCUGGAAGGGCAAGCUAUGGGAGGCUUGAUUUUUCAAGAAGUUACAGUUCUCAAGAUCGUAGAGACAUUGAUUCUUUGCUUGACCCCGUACCAUCAAUGCACCUCAGAAGGGUUCAGGAGAAAUACAUAGGUGUAAACCUGGAGAGUAGACAUUUCGUUCUGGUGCAUGGUGGAGGUCUAGGAGCCUGGUGUUGGUACAAAUCGAUAGCGCUGCUUGAGGACUCUGGGUUAAGAGCCACUGCCGUUGAUUUGAUGGGCUCAGGCAUCGAACCAACAGAUCCUAACCGGAUAACAAGUCUCAUGCAAUAUUCAAAACCUCUUCUGGAGGCCUUGAAAUCAAUUGAAUCAACUCCUGGUCAUGAAAAGGUAAUUCUGGUCGGCCAUAGCGUAGGAGGUGCUUGCAUUUCAUAUGCAAUGGAGUGCUUUCCAAAUUUAAUUUCCAAAGCUAUAUUCAUUGCGGCAACUAUGGUCAGCAACAAUCAGAGCGCAUUUGAUGUUCUUGCAAAGCAUAUACAAAGUCCGGAUGCUCUCAUGACUAAGGCUCAGAUUUUUAUUUAUGGGAAUGGAAGAAGAAAACCUCCUACAGCUCUUACAUUCGACAAGAGCUUAACAGGAGAUCUCUUCUUCGCCAUCAGCCCAGCGAAGGAUGUGGUUUUGGCAACUCAUUCAAUGAGACCAAUGCCUUUUGCCCCUGCAAUGGAGAAGCUCUGUUUGACACACUCGAAUUACGGUAAAGUGAGGCGUUUCUACAUCUCAACCACUGCAGAUCAAGCCUUACCAUUCCCAGCCCAACAUGCAGUGGUUGAAGAAAAUCCUCCCGAGCGUGUCUUCACCGUGAGAGGGAGUGACCAUUGCCCUUUCUUCUCUAAACCCCAGUCCCUUCACAGGAUCUUUCUUGAAAUUGCCCAGAUGAAUGGGAAGCAUUAGCGUUAUCCGGCAACCGUACCUUUUACUAAGCUUCAGGGUACCCUAAGUCUCAUCCCUUGUGUAUCCAAUCGUAUUCCGCAGCACUUAGUUUGCGAAGUUGCGGAACCCAAGUGGCUAAGGCUGUAGCAGCCAGCGUUGAGUUCAGCUGUGGGCAUCCUUCAGCAUAUCUUCCUCAGCUCCGCUGCAAGGCCCCUUUACCGUAAUCAACUUGACCAGGAAAAAUAGAUUCAUUUUCUUGUACAUAAAUAGUCAACAGAGGUGAGAUCAACACUCCGUUGCAAUGCACAACGCAGGUGCACAUAAUAAUCUACACACAUCUAGUUUGCAGGUUUCGAAAUGGGUAUUGUACAUCGACCUAUUUCUGGAGUGAGAAGCUGAGCUGGUACUUUGCAGUUGAUAGGUACAUCAUUGCACAAUUUUUCACUGUUUCAACGUACAAAACGCAAGAACUCGAAGCCCAAUCUCGAGCUCUGCAUGGUGAGAACGUGAAUAUUGUUCAACUAGAGAAGUGUCAAAUGAGCAGAGGCUGCAGAUGAUGAGUCGGAAUGUUAUCUCUCAUCUGCUAGUGGCUGCUAAUGAAGUUAUCAUGUCUUCUAAGAUUCUACUCUGGAUCGGUGUCAUACCAAUAAACUACAAAAUUGAACA